UCGGUCAAGGAAGCAACUGUCCCAGGGCUUGCUGGGAGUCGUAGUCCUAGGGCCGCACUGCCCAACUCGGGGUGCAGAGGGGCGUGGGAGGAGAGGAGCUCGACCCCCCCGGGUGUUUCCCACGACUCCCAGUGGCAGUCCGGGAUUCCACGGCCCUGUGAGUCACAGAGAGGCGCCCCUGCCCACCCCCUAGGGGGCCCACCAAUCAGCGUCCGAUAGAACGGGGGCGGGGAGCGGCGUCCGAGGUCCGUGGAGAAGGGAACGGUCCACAUGGCCGUUGUCUGAGCUGGCCCGCACUCCCGGAUCUCGAUAAGCGCUUAGAGAUCCUCUUCAGCAGCUGUCGACGAAAAGGGGGCUGGUCUGGGAUACCCUCUCCCCCAGCGUUCCUGGAAGCCGUGGGACUACACUUCCCAGCAGCGCCCAGGGAGCAGGGACCUUCCAGAACCACUGCGUCUGAGGCGCGGUGACUUAUGGGUGAUGUAGUUAAGGCGGCGCGCCUGCAAGGGAUGCGCCCAGAGGAGCCCCGCUGGGGAUCCCCUGGGGCUGGGCUGAGUUUCAGCCGCAGGGGCAGCCUCCUCCACUCCGCGCUGCCCCUGGGACUCGUGGUCUUGGGCCUGGCCCUGAGCUCGCGCCGAGCCUGGGGAUGCGUUCUCUGCGAUCCCGCAGUGGUGGCGGGCCUCCGAGACCUGGAGCAGGAGUACCUGCCCAGUCACUUGGACGUGGACCCCAAAGUUCUGCAGAUUUUCGUGAGCCGGCUGGAGGAGACCGUGCGCCAGUUCAUCGACCUGCCUUUUAACCCGGCUUCCUACCAGGGCCUCAUAGAUGAGCCCACGCUGAGCAAAGUAUCCUGGGACUUCCUGAAGGAGCUGAAGCGGAUCAGGGACAGUAACCUGAAAGACAGUUUCCUCUUGAAGGAGCUCACCUGGACGCUGCAUAUGCAGAAGGAGAAUUUUGCCCGCAUGGCCGCGGAAUUCCAGAGGGAAAGUUUCUGUCCUAACAAAUGCGGUGAGCGCGCUGCCCUCCCCUCCCAGGCCAGUCCCCGGGCUCCCGCUAAGGCUUCUACGGAUGGGCCCUUGGCCGGGGGGGACCCGGGGCCGCGGUGGGGCCCCGGGCGGCCUCGGGGCCCCGGGCGCAGGACUGCCCGGGCGGCCCGGACCCCCUUUACCCCUUUGGGUUCCCGGGGGCCGGGCCAGUCUGGCCAAACCACCGGAACCCCAGCCGCCGGACCCCCCCUCCCAAAGCCGGUUCCCUGGAAGGCGGCGAAUCGCGACCUGGGGGGGGUCCGCAGGCGGAAGCCACCGUCAACCACCACGUUGCUCCCUUUCCCCACCCCCCAGACCACCCUGGGGGGCCUCAGGAGGCUUGCAGGGGGGGGCCCGCGGGGGGAAUUCCGGGGGGGGGGGGCUUGGGGGGCUCCCCCCCCGCCCUGA